GAGAGAAAUAUAAAAUUUUUUAAUUAUAAUUUAAUAUUUUCAAAGUCCUUAGUUAUAUCUUACGAAGUUUAUGAAUACUACGCGAAGAGAAAUUUAAUCAAUUUUUCUUUUUUAUCUAUGCCAAAGAGUUAACGAGUUGAAAAAAAAAAAAAAAAGAAAAAAAAACCGGCAAUGUACACAUGUUUAUCAUCAUCAUGAUACUUAUCUUCGUAUGGUGGGGUAUUGUGGAGCAAUGAGUAAAAAGAGUCAGGUAUUGUCAGAAUAUGAUGUUCUUUGUGCGAAUCUACAAUGUCUGAGGGAAAACUUCGUACAGCUUCCUACAUGGAGGAUGCGCGGGGAGCAUGUAUCGGUGAUUUUUUCCUUUGGAAAAAGUUUUUGAUAGAGAAGAAUAAGCCAAUUUGGGUUCCUUUACAAUUAUUGGAUGCUUUGCUGAGAGGCUAUGGCCAAGUCGCGUUCGCUAAUAAUCCACUAAGUGGAUUGUUAAUAGUAAUCGCUUUAGGAGCAACGGCACCAAAGAUCUUGGCCUUUUCUGCUGCGACCGGCUUUCUAGGCCUUUUGCUUUCCGUGCUGAUGAAAGAUUCUCAACAUAUUAUAGAAAAUGGAUUGACCGUAUUGAAUCCACUUUUAAUUGGUACUCUGUCGUGCAACUUGGUACCAAAGUUUUAUGGUGAAUUCGAUGCUUUUAGUUAUCUACUUAUACUCAUAGGAACCAUAAUCAGUGUUUAUCUGGCCCGCUCUUUGGAGACUGUUAAAUUUCCAUGCACGGUAUGGGCGUUUAAUCUAGUAGAAUUAGUAUUACUUUUUGUUUUUACCACGCAGAAUGGUUUCACCGAAUCGUUCAAAAUUAAAGGCACAGACAAUGCAACAAGUGAUGCAAGGACAAACGAUGCCAGUUUUAUCGCGGAGAAUGUAACAGACGUUAACGUCGACUGGGGAAUGGUGUUCCGGGGAAUGGUCGUUUCAUCGUCGCAAUUGUUCAGCGUGGACAACGUCGUAACAGGAGCUGUUAUUUAUUUAGCAGUUUUAAUCUAUUCCCCAGCUACUGCCGGAUUUUCUUUUGCAGGUGUAUUUGUUGGUACACUCGCAGGCUUAGAACUUGGGGCACCACACAAUGAGGUAUUCACGGGAUUAUGGGGAUUCAACUGUUUCUUGACUGGUGCCGCCUUAGGAGGUAAUUUAUUCGUUAUUAACGUACAGACUGCUGCUGCAACUCUCGUAGCGAUCGUCUACACGGUGGUACUUCAAUAUGUCCUCCGAAUUAUAUUCGGCAAAGUGAGUAGGUAUUAUUCGACAAUAGAAUGUGCAAUUAUGUUAAUAACAAUUCGUUUCCAGAUCGGUUUACCAUUUUUAACACUGCCCUUUGUAAUUAGCUCAAGUUUGUUUUUACAAUUACGAAGUGCAUCCUUGAGUGCAGUUUUUCCAAAACCAUUGCAAUCUUCUUAUCCGGAGAAACAACGUCACGAUUAUCUUACAAAUAGAAAGAAAAUCAUGCAAGAGAACGUAGGUAUAAUUGUAUUAAUUUACUUUAGAAAAGGUAGAGUACUUUAUGCGAUUCAUUUAAAAUCUUUUAUUUCAUAAUUUCAUUACCUUUCCAUGAAUCAUCGAGAUAAACGGCUAAUCGUACCUAUGACAUCUAUUAAUAAGCCGAGUUGAUAAAUACGUAAAUAAUAAAUACAUCGGAGUACGAGCAGAGUCUUCCCACUAUGGCGAUAUAGUAAACAUCGCGUAAUGUACCUCGAGUCUUAUUUUGAAAUAUUUUCAGUCUGCUUCUCAGUCUAUCUUCGGAGUCAUAGCAACGUAUAUAUCUAAUCGGUAGGGUAAAAUAAGCAUUGAGGAACGCAUCUCGAUGCUAUCUCUAUUUGAUUUCCAAACAUCAAACGUUACUCCUUAAGAAAGAUAAACAAACGAUCAUACAGAGGUAAAGCUUUUGGUGGAGAUUUGAUAUCGAUGUAUCAUCGUACCAGCAUCCCCAACAGGGGAUGAAAACCACGCCCUUCGCCGGGAGCUCUACAAAUUGAUUUCUCCCUUACCAAAGUUAUUCGCCUUAUUUCGUGAGGAGUGAAAGUUUCUCCUUUGAUACGCGCGUAGGAAGGGUGUCCCGACUUAGGUUAGAUGUUAUGCCUCGGAGUUGAGCUCAGCGUAUAAAGGGAUGAAAUGAAGUAUUCAAAAGCUCGACGCCUGCGCUUUUCGUUUCAGUGGAUCGCGUGGAAUUUAACGAGUUCUUUUCUCUCUUUAAUAUAGGUCGACGAUUCCGAGAUGGACCCUGCACUUCCUUAGGAUCAGAAGAUACGAUCAAUUACUUUGAAUAUAAUAAAAUAUAUUAUACUAGGUUAUACUAUUUGUUAUCUAUAAAUAAUACUACUUGUAUUCAUAUUUGCUUUGUUUACAAAAGUACCGAUAGAACAUUCAAUGAAAUCUCUGUAUAAAUAUCUCUAGUUUUCCUGUAGUACUUCGAUAAGUCACGAAUAGGAAGUUUCCAAAU